AUGCAGAACGAUACGCUCGUCCGAGUUCCGCCGACAGCAUGGGAACAGCUGAGGGAUCUGUUUACGUACGACUGGCCUCGGCACGAGAUAGCGUAUAACAAUUUGCAAAACUACAUACGGUGGGUGGAGCGUGAUCCACAGAUUAUUGCCACCCUGGUAGUGUACAGUUUAAAUGGCACCUGGCGAGAAAAUGGAACCUACCUUAUCAUUGAUCAUACGAACCUGUUCAUGUACACCCUGGACGCAUCGGAACAGACGCUCAAACGAAUGCUGCUGCUACUCGACUGGCAUCACAGUUAUCUCAUGAACAUGUGCCUCUACCGUGAUACGGUAUUGGAAGUGUACCGGUUGAAUCAGCUGGAUGUCGAAUUCGACAGUUCCGAUGUCAUCUAUCACGCUUCGCAAUCGUUUGCGCUUAAUUUUCACUUCGACCUACCGUUGGGAAUGUCGUUGAAACGUGUAGCACCACAAUUUUCGCUGUUCAUUUACAAUCAGUGGUUGAAUAAGGCUGGAGGUACGGAGUACUUUAUCGAACGGAUGCUCCGGCUCAACGAUUCGAUGGGUCUGUUCUUGGACGGUGUGUGCGAACCGUUGGCAUGGUGUCUAAGGACACCGAAUGGAGCCGUCGGUUUGCUCGGAGUCGUCGCACAACGGAAGGGUUACGGUUCGGUGGUGAUCAAAGCGAUGGCACGGCAUCUGGCACAGCAAGGACAUAGCACUUACGCUAGUGUUAGAAAAACCAACGAGCCUACGAGGAGGUUGUUUGAAAAGUUAGGCUUCCGUGUGAUUAGUGAAUCUUGUUGGCUGAAAAAUAUGCGAAUCCGAUGCGAUGGUGUGGAAUUGCGGAAAGCAAUAAAAUCUUGA